CCCGAUUAUAUGCCUUGAUGGGAGCCUUGGCGGAUAAAUGCUGGCCACAUUCCAGCUCAGUCGAGCUUCGUCUCACUUAAUUCCAAAGUCUCCAGAAUCAAGCACGGAAAUGGAGGGACUGCGCAAACUCGCCCAGCGCUCGUUCGAGAAAGACCAAUGUUUCAAGCAACCAUUGGAAGCAUACAAUGUCGUUCAACUCCUAUCGGUUGACAACAGAGAAGUCUUGUCCCACCGCACGACGGUUCCAAUGGAAGAUUUGUGUGAGUUUCUACGGGAUGGAUGUUUGAAAGAAGACAAUGAACAGGUCGAGGGAAACCGAUUCAGGUUGGUGCGGAUACCACGAUAUUCAGAUAAGCGUGGCGCUCCACUGCAGAUAUCAAAACACGUCUUCACAGGACUCUUGGACGAGAUGCGCGUGGACCCAUGGGUUCAGCAGCUGAUCGCGCAGGAUUCCUACGGUUUCCACUUCGUGGGGGAGGACGCCCAAACUCGUAUCUCUACAUUAUUUGUCGGCACCAUGUCAUACAAGUUUGUAUGGACCAUCGAAUCCAGGGGCCAGCACAGCACCACGAAGGUGUUGCUCUUCGUCAGGAGCGAUGAUCAACCGGUGGCGGACGAGCUCUACAGUCAAUUUCUCGACAUCAUGGCGGCCCAUUCACCGGGCACGCCUUACCCGGUCCUACUCAAUUUGACCAUCGCGACGCAGAUCCUGUACCGCAAGGGGCGUCGGCUUCGUGAACAACACAAUACGCUGACCUUCAUUGAACGACAAACGGGCCAUGGGUUCUUCCACUUCGACAGCCUGCAAAUAGAUGACGCACAGGCACAGGCAGAGGUGCAGGGUCAAUCAGCACGUGCCUCCCAACCGGUCCGGUUCGACAUCAACAAACUGAUCGAGUGGUCACGCGAGGUCGGGAGACACUCGGUCAGAAACGCCAACGCCAUUCGGAACUCCGGGGUUAUCGACGAAUUGCUGUCGUUCAUCACAGACCCGGACGAACACAACACGACUUCCACGGCUCUGACCUUGAACUAUCCCGACCAAACCCGCAAGGACCUCGUCCACGAAAUCCAUCUCCUGAGCAAGAGAUCGCGGUUACUCACCGACGCUGUCAAGUACCUGGAAGAUCGAGCUCGCAACCAAUCGUCCGUGAUAUUCGCGCUGCUCACACACGAAGACGCGAUGGCCAACAUAACCCUGGCAAACGCGAGCACCGAACUUGCCCGUGCCAGCAAGGAAGACAGCACGAUAAUGAGGAUAAUCGCGGCGGCAACAAAGGAGGAUAGCGAGACUAUGAGAGACAUCGCCCUGGCGACGAAGAAGGACAGCUCUAUCAUGAAGACGAUUGCCAUCGUGACGAUGGCGUUGCUGCCGGCUACUACUGUGGCUGCCCUCUUUUCGAUCCCUUCUCUGCGGUGGGACCAACCGGUGGUCGUUCAGGAGAGGUUUUGGGUGUACUGGGUGAUCACGAUUCCUCUAACCGUCUUGGUGUUUUUGGUUGCGGCGGUGAUUGGGCUUUGGGACUCGAGCGUCAGACGACGGGGAGUUCCCAAAUGA